AUGAGGAGCUACAGAAUCAAGCGGUGGCCUCGCCACUCCAAACUUCUUGUUUUCUUUUUAAACCCAGUCUCAUAUAACCAGACGAGCCCUCAGACGGCAGACAGGUGUGAGUCAGACGAGUUUGGCGCGCUUCUCCCUGAAAUCAAUGAAAUAAAUGGAAUCAACGAUGAGGUUUUGGUUGCCAAUGAUGUCCAGUCGCCGACCAAUUUGUCUCCGACAGCCCCGCGCGUCAGUGCUGCUAUUCGUUCGAACAGCCCAGCAUCAAACGCCUAUGCGCCUUCAGCUUCCCACAAAUUGAAGUCUGUUCUCCCAGCGGGAAGCAAUGAUCCUCUGCGCAAACGUUGCUGGACCCCACAACCGACGGCACUUGACAAGUACCUUGCAGGCCUCCGCCACCACCUGAGUAUGGAGGAGCGCCUCAGCAUUUGCAUGGCGGUGGCAAAGAACUUGCAUGAUUCAGUUGCUGCGAGAGACGGGGGCCGACCUCUUCUGCAGACAGGAAACUGCCCCCACCCUUCUCUGGCUCCCCCCCAUCAGGAAAUUGCCGCAAACACUUCCCGCACUCCCUGCUUCAAUGACAGACCAGUUUGUUCAACGCUUCGAAUCAAUGAACUCCCUGACCAAAGACGCAGAGUUCUAUUCCUCAUAAAGCUUCCCGUCUCUCGCAACCUUUCUCAACUCGUCGGCCCAUCAACCCUUCGGAGAUUUAGAUCCCUCGGCCACCAGGAAGUCGCUGACCGCUUGGAGGCAGCUGCUUCGCAACAGGCAGACAACCAAAACACCAGUACCAAAAUUGCAACAAAGAAAUGUGAACAACAAGCCAAACGCCAUUUCUAG